AAUUAAUGUCAUUAAUGAUAAUGAACAAGACCCUAAGAUUAUCUUAUUAGAUAAACUUUAUCUAAAUUUUUAUGAUAAAUUUAGCGAAGGACUAUCAGUUCCUAGUAUAAUUGAAAAUUAUAUAUCUGAGAAUGGCGAAACCGAGGAUAAUAUUUUAAAUUGGUUAUAUCUUAACAAAAAUGAGCCAAAAUAUGUUUGCCUUCGUGGAAUAUUUUAUAUGUGGAAUAUUAGUACGAAUGAAGGAAAAGAAAAUUCUAUUAAUGUUUUUAGUCUAUUCCUUGAUGCACAA